GGAGAGAGAUUUUGUCAUUCCUCUUCUGUCUUUCUCGCUGUAGUCUAGGAUUCCAACAAAAAAUUUCCGGAAGAGAGGAUCUGCUUUAUACCCAGACCCAGAGGCAACAAAGUCAGGAGGAACCUGGGGGCAGAACUAUGUAGAAAGUAAAACUAGGCUACUUUGGAGGGGAAACUAAAAAGCUGGAAACAAUGGAAGACUCAACACACAUAGGCUCAACUUUUUAUCCAAGAAUUCAGGCAGAAAGGGAAAUUCAGUAGCUGGUACUGAAGAUGAGCACAGAUAGCAUCCAGGCGAAAUCUUCCUACAGAGUGAAGAUAAUCAGCAGAGACUCUGUACUCAAGUCAACAAUCUCAGUUACUCGGCAUAGUCUCUCAUCUCAGCUCAAGGUAGAAGGUAUGAUGGAGAUUCUCGAUCUUUCAGGCUCCUUUUUCUCUAAUGUUGUGAUUGUCUUCAUCUUCCUUCUCAAGAAGCCAACAAUGACAUCAGGACAGUUCUCAGUGAUUGGACCUGCAGGACUCAUCCAGGCCUCACUUGGGGGAGAGGCAGAAUUAUCAUGCUACCUGUCCCCACCUCAGAGUGCUCAGCACAUGGAGGUGGUGUGGUUGCAAUCCACUCAGGUAGUACAUCUCUAUCGAGAUGGGAAGGAUCAGUUUGGAGACCAGGCCCCUGAUUACCAAGGGAGGACAGAACUGGUGAGAGAUGCGAUCACAAGUGGGAAUGUUACCCUGAAGAUACGAGAUGUGAGAUUCUUAGAUGCAGGAAGGUACAUAUGUCUCUUUGAAGAUGGUUUUCACCAAGAGGAAGCUGAUAUGGAGCUGAAGGUCAUAGGUGAAGAAACUGAGUCACAGACUUUGCCACCAAUAUACUUUUUGUUACUCACCAUGUUUUGGUUUACCUUAUAUACAAUCUUUUUAUUUUUGAUGCUACGAUACCGAGUAUAUUUUCACAGGUCAAGUCCUUGGAUGGGGGAGAUUGGUGGGAUUCUGAUUGUGAUUACUUCAUUGGAAGUUGAAAUGGCUCUUUAUUACAUGUGGAUACGGCACAGAUGCAGAGGAUUUAUUUUUGAUGAAACUUCACUUGGGAAAGAAUGGAAAUUUGCGAUAGUAAUCUUUUUGCUGACACUGACAAAUAUCAUUCCCUUUGUACUUCAAGUAAAAUAUGUCUGUCAACAAUGGCAUCAUCACAACACCCAGUCAGAGCCAGGAGCUGACAAUCAGGGGACCAGAUGGAAGUUUUGCUCUCUCUGUUGCAAAAAGCUAUGGAUGAUUCGAAACUGAAGGACUCACACUGGCAAAUGAGGACAGGAGUUCUUUGACUAUUGAGUCAGAAGAGAUUAUCACUCAACAGAUGAACAAGAGCCUAAUGAUCGCUCUGAUUUUAUUCAAUUCUAGUUUUAAAGCAUGAGGACUAUUUCAUAUUGUACUGAGAGAGUCAAAAUGGGAAGAAGUAAUUACUAUUUCCCACCUAGCCUCCCUAAUCACAUGGCUAACUCUGCCUUUUUUCUGUUUAUUCUUUCCUGAUCUUCAAUUACGUUUCCCAUGUUGGAAUUUUCAUGGACUUAUAUGUGCAAAGCCCCAUAGAAAAAUACAAAUUGUCCCCACAUCAAUGGAAGAGUUAAAAAAAUUAAAAUCAAGUAAGGGUGUAGAAAAAAAUUGGGAAGAGAAAUGAGUGAUGCAAGAAAAUCAUGAAGAGUGAACAACUUGAUAAAGGAGACACACACUCAUUCAUUCUCUCUCUCUCUCUCUCUCUCUCUCUCUCUCUCUCUCUCUCUCUCUCUCCCUCCCUCUCCCUCCCCCUCCCUCUCCCCUCUAACCACAUUUCUAACUCUCAACCUCUCAAACACCACCAAAAUCAAAUCUCUAGGUGGCCUAUGAAAUAAAUCAGCACCAACAACCAUCAUCAUCUUCCUCACACUCCUCUCCCUAGGGGGCCUACAGCCUCUCACUGGCUUUAAACCCAAAUGACUCAUCCUACAAGAACUAAUUACCAAUGGCAACAUUAUAAUAGCCACAACAAUAGCCCUUUCAACCUUACUAAAUCUGUUUUUCUAUAUACGAAUUAUUUAUGCAUCCAGCCUUACCAUAUUCCCAUCUACUAACAACUCCAAAAUACAAUGAUACAAUAACUCAAUACAACCUACUACACUAAUUCCAACAACUACAAUUAUCUCAGCCCUAUUACUUCCCCUAACCUCCAUGUUCAUUACACUCUCAUAACUAAGAACUACAAGACUUUACCUUGCAUCAUUCAAACCCAAAUUGAGCACUUUAAUUAAGCUAAGCUCUCUAACAAGCCUUGGCAGCACUUAAGCUACUUUUUUGAAUUUGCAAUUCAACAUAAUAUAUACUUUAGAGCCCAUUUAAAGGCUUAAUUCAUUCAAUUAAUAUUAUGUUUAAUCAUCAUUCAUUAAAUAUCAUCAUUUGG